GCGCCCUCGAGGGCCUCGGGAUUCUGGCCGCUGCGCUGGUGCGCGGGCGACGUGUACUCCUCGGCGUUCUGGCGAUGGAAGCUCAGGCGCUCUCCAGUGUUCGAGCGCGUCGCGCCCUCUGCCAGGGACGUGUCGGACCAGGCCCAGCUGCUGGACGUGCCCGCGGGCAUCUCGCGGAG